GGACGUGUGCGGCGAGCCGGGGGCCGCGGGUUUCCCGACCGAGCCCCGAGCGCCGUGGCCCGCAGCUCCCGGAGGUCUCAGCCCCUCGGGGCUGCCCUGCAGCCGCGCUGCCCCGUUGCUUCCCUCGUGCGCAGAGCCCAGCCGGCUCGGGCUCGGGCUCGGGCUCGGGCUCGGGCUCGGGCUCGGCCCCGGCCCCGGCCCCGGCCCCGGCCCGGCCGCUCCUUCCGCGAGCCCCCCCUCCUGCCCGGGCGCUGAGCCCGGCUGCCCCCGGCCCCGGCGCACAGCUCCCUAAAACGCGGUGCACAGCGCUGCGCCCAGCGGCUCCUCGCCCACCCCCGCCCCGUCCACCCCGUCGGUCCAGCCCGCAAGGGCACGGAAGCAGCCCCUUUGCCCGGGACCUGCGAGGAGCGCAGCCUCCCUCCCCCUGCCCCAAGGAGCCUCCGACCUCAGAGUCUCGGGGAUCGCCCCGUCUGUGCCUUCCUGGAUUCCGGGGGAGCCGCAUCACUGGAGGAAGGGGCAGCGACUCCCCUGUGCCCAGGGUGGGGGUCAGACUGCCCUUGGCAGGGCUCUGGCUGCUAGGAACGGGGGAGGGGGCCGGGUAGUGAGGCAUUCUCUGCUAGCCUCACCCCCACCUGAGAGCGGAGUUCUGGGUGCUGGGAGUCCUGGGAGCCAGGCCACAGGGCAUCUUGUAAUUAUCCAGGCAAUAGAAAACAGGAGGAAGGCCGGAGGUCAGGUCAGGGGCCGCCCCCAAGAAGCCAUCCUCACUCCUCUGUUAGAUUUGGGGGCUGAACGUGUGGAGCCUGGGUGGGGAGGGUCUUGGAGGAGGUUGAAACCAUCAAGCCCCCCAGCCCAGGAUAGGGCAGAGAAGGAGCUGUCUGUAGGGCUGCUUUCAGCCACCUGCUCCCUCCCCAGGGGACCCAGCAGGAGCCCUAAUAACCUCUCAUACGGAGAGAUGAGGGAAGCCUUGUCACAUCCAUUAUUCAGUGGCCGGCCAUCACCUCUCCUCUAGACAGCACUCCACACUUUCCAAAGCCCUCCCUUGUUCACAGUUGUCACUAAAUGCUCAAUCUACAGGUGAAGAGAAUCUACAGGUGAAGAUGUCAGAUGACUGAUCCAAGCUACAUUGAGGCAGAAUUAAGAUACCCUGCCUGGGAAGAACUGUGCCCCACAAAUGCCUUGAUAUCAGAAGCAAGUAUGUAGAGGACAGGAAUGGGGAAGAGAUGUUGAGAAGGUUCUCCUCAAGGGAGGAAGGCCUGAGUCUAUGGAAGUGGACUGUGACCAGGACCCCUUGGACACCAUCUACCUGCCUGCAACCCUGGAGCUCCUUGAUGCCCCUGAGCACUUCCGUGUGCAGCAAGUGGGCCAUUAUCCACCUGCCAACUCCUCUCUGGGCUCCCGGUCUGAGACCUUUCUGCUUCUGCAGCCAUGGCCCAGGGUCCAGCCUCUUCUCCGGGCCUCCUACCCACCCUUUGCCACUCAGCAGGUGGUCCCUCCACGGGUUACUGAGCCCCACCAACGGCCAGUGCCGUGGGAUGUGCGGGCUGUGUCGGUGGAAGCGGCCGUGACUCCAGCGGAGCCCCAUGCCCGAGUCCUCUUCCACCUCAAAGGGCAGGAUUGGCCUCCAGGGCCUGGCAGCCUGCCCUGCGCCUGGCUCCAUGCCACACAUCCUGCAGGCACUGCUCACCAAGCCUGCCACUUCCAGCCCUCCCUAGGCGCCUGUGUGGUGGAGCUGGAGUUUCCCUCCCACUGGUUCUCCCAGGGCUCCACUACACGGGCCGAGCUGGCCUACACGCUGGAGCCCGCAGCUGAGGGCCCUGGGGGCUGCGGUCCCAGCCAGGAGGAGGACCCCAGGGAGCAAGCCCUUCCAGUGGGUGGUGUGGAGCUGCGCCCAGCGGACCCCCCACAGUACCAAGAGGUGCCCCUGGAUGAGGCGGUGACCCUGCGGGUCCCUGAUGUGCCUGUGCGGCCAGGCCAGCUCUUCAGUGCCACCCUCCUGCUUCGGCACAACUUCACAGCCAGCAUCCUGACCCUGCGGAUCAAGGUGAAGAAGGGGCUGCAUGUGACAGCUGCCCGCCCAGCCCAACCCAGCCUCUGGACUGCCAAGCUGGACCGCUUCAAGGGCUCCAAGCACCACACAACCCUCAUCAUCUGCCACCGUGCUGGCAACACAGGGCUGGACUCCAGCAGCCCUCCUGAACUCUCCGAGUUCCUGUGGGUGGACUUUCUGGUGGAGAAUGGCACUAGUGGGGGUGUGGCAGUCACUCGCCCUGUCACAUGGCAGCUGGAGUAUGCAGGCCAGGCCCCCGAAGCAGAAAAGGACAAAAUGGUGUGGGAGAUCUUGGUGUCAGAGCGGGAUGUAAGAGCCCUUGUCCCACUGGCCAAGGCCGAGGAACUGGUGAACACAGCUCCACUGACCGGAGAGCCGAGGCACGUGCCCAUACGCCUGGUCACCGUGGACAAUGGGGGGGCCCUGGUGGAGGUGACAGAGCACAUUGGCUGUGAGUCGACCAAUACACAGGUGCUGCAGGUGUCCGAGACCUGUGAUGCUGUGUUUGUGUCUGGCAAGGAGAGCCGGGGUGCCCAAGGGGUGCAGGUGGACUUCUGGUGGCGCCGUCUGAGGGCCUCGCUGCAGAUGACAGUGUGGGCCCCGUUGCUGCCCCUGCGCAUUGAGCUGACCGACACCACCCUGGAGCAGGUCCGGGGCUGGAGGGUCCCUGGCCCCACUGAAGGGAUGCCAGAGCCUGAGGCUGCUGCUGAGGAGGCUGAGAGGCGCCCCCGCAGCUGCCGCCUGCAGUACCAGCGCGCCGGCGUGCGCUUCCUUGUCCCCUUUGCGGCUCACCCACUGGACGGUGGCCGCCGCCUCACCCACCUGCUCGGCCCUGACUGGCUGCUGGAUGUGACCCACCUUGUGGCGCCUCACGCACGUGUACAAGACCCACGCGUAGCCUCGCUGGAGGGCGGCCGCAUCCUGGUGGGCCGGGAACCUGGCGUCACCUCCAUCGAGGUGCGUUCCCCGCUGUCUGACUCCAUUUUGGGGGAGCAGGCAUUGGCCGUGACGGAUGACAAGGUCUCGGUGCUGGAGCUGCAGGUGCAGCCGGUGAUGGGCAUCUCACUGGCCCUGAGCCGGGGUACUGCCCACCCUGGGGAGGUCACAGCCACGUGCUGGGCACAGUCAGCCUUUCCCGCCCCAAAGCAGGAGGUGGCCCUCUCCCUUUGGCUGUCCUUCUCUGACCACACCCUGGUCCCCGCUGAGCUCUACAACCAACAUGACCUGGGACUGUCUGUCUCCGCCGAGGAGCCUGGUGCUAUCCUGCCAGCCAAGGACCAGGGUGCCCAGCUUGGGGUGGUGGUGAGUGGGGCAGGUGCUGAGGGGCUGCCCCUGCACGUGGCUCUCCACCCACCUGAGCCCUGCCGCCGGGGCCGCCACCGGGUCCCACUGGCCUCUGGCACUGCCUGGCUAGGGCUUCCCCCUGCUCCCACCCCGCCCUCCGCCCUCCCAUCUAGCCCUGCCCAGGGCCCACCAGCCACGGAGGCCAGCGAGGGUGGUAAACAAUGGGAGGCAGGGGGUAUUGGGGGCAGUGGGGUUGUGAAGGGCAAGUUUGAGCGGGCAGAGGCAGAGGCCAGAGAGGAGGAGGAAGAGGAAGAGGAGGAAGAGAUGGUCCCGGCCCCUCAGCGGGUCACCGACCUAGAGCUGGGCAUGUACGCUCUGCUGGGCAUCUUCUGCCUGGCCAUCCUCAUCUUCCUGGUCAACGGUGUGGUCUUCGUGCUGCGCUACCAGCGCAAGGAGCCUCCCGACGGUGCCACUGACCCUGCCUCCCCCCAGCCCCACAACUGGGUCUGGCUGGGUACAGACCAGGAAGAACUAAGCCGCCAGCUGGAUCGGCAGUCCCCAGGCCUGCCCCAGGGGGAGGGGGGCUGCCCCUGUGAGAGUGGGGGAGGAGGGGAGGCCUCGACUGUGGCCCAGGCACCUGGCGGGGGCACCAGUAGCUCCUCAAGCACCCUGGCCCGGAAGGAAGCGGGGGGACGGCGGAAACGUGUCGAGUUUGUGACGUUUGCGCCAGCUCCCCUGGCUGAGCUAUCUCAGGAGUCCGUAGGGGCCCCGGCCGUGCAGUCCAUCCUGGUGGCAGGUGAGGAGGACAUCCGCUGGGUAUGUGAGGACAUGGGACUGAAGGACCCCGAGGAGCUGCGCAGCUACAUGGAGAGGAUCCGGGGCAGCUCCUGACCCCUCCCCGGCCUGCCUGGUCCAGCACUGUCAGCCACCAGCCCAGGCAGCCUCCUGCUCCCCCUCUGGUGCUUGCUGAUCCAAGUCCCCUGCCUGGUCUCUCAAAAGGACGCCCACUCAGGCCCCCUCUGCCCUGCGCCCUCCCCAUGAUGGACCAUGCUCGUGAGGAAGGGCUUAUGCCCCUUAUUUAUGAGAACCAUUUCAUCGUAAUAUUGGGUACAGAAUAAACUGAAGGAACCCCCA